AUGGCAAAGGCCUUGUUGGGCCGGGGAUCUCUGCACCUGGACAUCGUGAAGACAUCGCAUGUGCGGCAGCCUGUGCGCUAUCGCGGGCGCUACGAAACCAUUGAGCAAGAAGCACUUAACGGAAUUCGACGCUGUCUGUUGCAGAUGGAUUCAAUUCAGGGUCAAUUUCUUAACCCCAGCAACGAAGUCCUUGUUAUAGUCGCAGCGAUUUCAUAG